CUCAACAUGAAGCUGAUUGUGGUCCUCAUGCUGGCUGCCCUCCCUCUUUACUGCUAUGCAGGUUCUGGUUGCCCAUUUGUGGAAAAGAUGGUUAAAACGACACUUAAUUCUAAUGUGUCUACAGCUGAAUACAUAGACGUUCUCAAGAAUUAUAUCAAUGAUGAACGCACUGAACUGGCUGUAGUAGAAUUCAAAAACUGUUUUCUCUCACAGUCUGAGGAGACCCUGAGAAAUGUUGUGGAGAUGAUGGAAACAAUAUAUAAUAGCAAACUGUGUGUUCAUUUUUAAGUUCCUACAAGACUUUUGGCUCAGAGGACUACAGACUACAGUGAGAAUAUGUUGAUGCUAUAAAUUGCAUGUUUCUUUCUAAUUUUUCCUGCUUAUCUACAAACUGCAAGACAAUUGUUGAAACCUCAAAUGCAUUUUGAUUUCAAUAAACUGUAAAAAGC